AAAUAUCAUUUAAUUCAUUAUCAUCAUUAUCUUCUUAUUAUAGUUCAUCAUAUUCUUCUUCUUCUUCUUCUUCUUCUUCUAUCAUAGUUACCCUCAUUUAUGAUUUUUGUUUUUAAUUUUCGUUUUUCUUCUCUCCCCCGAAUCUAUUCCCAUCCCGCGACUUGUUUAGGCGACAUUGUCGGAGGAAGCCAAGGAGGUGUACAACAGCUUGGUCGAAACACCAGCGAUCGAAAGUGCACAAGACACGAAUCCUCUUCGUAUGUUGCGUUCGGGAUUGCCUGUAGUGAGACCAAGAGUUCGUGGUAACAAGCACGCCACCCUUGGCCACAGUAUUUCCCAUUCUGAGGAUACUACUUCGGAACAUGCGUUUCAAUUUAUGGAUAUGCAUCAUGGGGGAGCUAAAACAUUGCCAAAAAUUCGAGCACCGCCACCUCCUCAUCUACCACCUCCCUUACCUCAAACGCGAAGCUUGGAGAGACAUCAUUCGGCUUUGGAGAUCGAAAAUAAUCAAAAUCAAAAUAACGUCGAUGAAAAUCCAAUACCAUUGCCGCCACGCGAUCGCUCGAAAACGUUACAACCGAAAUCGAGCUUGCCGAGACAUCAAAGGAAACAUCCUUUGAUUAUACCAGGUGGAGGAGUGACGAGGACACUCGCUAAAAUGGCUGUUACUACGCCACCUGCUUUGGAGGAUCAAGUUGACGGUCAUUUUCUUCUCCAAUACGCGAAUACACCGACCACCAGUUCUUCCACGUUGCAAGAGAGUUAUUCACCGGAAGUUUCGACCAAUAGUCCGGAAGAAUUCGAACAACGUAUCGAAUCUGAACUUGCCGCUUUGGAUUCUUUACCAAUGGACGAAAGUAAAAUGCAUCGUUGCAGCGUUAUUUCGGAAGACCUACUCGAGUUUUCUGACAAUCUGAUCGAUGCCGAUGAUACAGGAUCAUGUCCUGAAACUGUAUCGGAAGAAACUAACGAUUCCGCAGAUAUUCGCAUACGAAGAAAGAUUAGUAUCGAGUCGAAAAAUUCUCAAAAAAGUAUUGCUUCGAAAUCUCUCGACGAAGAGACCGAGAGUGGUGGUAGCGGUUUGCCCAAUAGAAAUUCUAUUACGUCUAGUUCGAGCAGAUCGGAAGAUUCUUCGAGUUUAUCUAAUAAAAAUGAAUCUCCAAAUAUAACUUUAAUAUCGAGGUCACAGGCUAUGAGUAAUAGACGAGUAGGAGGAGGAGGAGGAGGGGGAGUAUCAUCAUCGAGUUUUCAAGAUAAACCUUUCAACUGUACCCUUCAGAUAGAACUACCUUUUCCAGAGGAAUCCAGCGUGACCACCACCGCUACCACCACCACCACCACCACCAUCAGUACGACGACACAGUACAAUGUAAAUAUAGGUAAAUCAUCUGGAGGAUCUGAGAAUACAAAUCGCAAGGAUCAUUCGAGUUGUUGUAACAACGACAACUACCUAACGACCAAUACGAAAUCGUACGAUCGUGAAGAAUCGGAUAAAUUGGUAGUUACGCGUACUACCAGCGACCUGUCCCGACAAUCCGAUCACGUUUCCUGCGAGGAUCUUUUAGAAUUUGCUUGCGACGGUCCUAACGCACGUAGAACUCGUGGUCCACGUAACGGGGAACAAUCGGACGAAGUGAGAAUAAUGUUAAAGGUAUUGCAUGAUCAAUCGACACCCGAGUCCUGUAUAGCGGCAUUAAAUGUCACCGGUUGGGACGUAUUGACAGCGAUUAAACUCGAACGUCUUCAAGGAUUGUUGAAAAGGGAAAAUAAUUUUGUUGGCCUCGAGGAUUGCAAAUUGAUGCUCAGCCAAUGUGGUGGUGACGUUGUUAAAGCUGCCGCCUUGUUACGAAAUACCGAUGACACUGCUGCGGUUUAGGUUUAUUUAA